AUUAUCUAAGAAACUUAACGAAUCUUUUCUAACAGUUCGGCGUACGUUUUCCGGUUUCAUCUGCUUUUAUUUGAGGCAAAUAUGUGAUAAACACAAAGUUUGUAGUAUAGUUUUAGGCUAACAGUAGGGAAAUGCACCUUCAUUUCAGUGGUGCUUGUCUGAGCUGAUCAUGAAAAUGUACAUUUAUCAAAUAAAAUUACCUUAGCGAACACACACCCGAACAAGGUGAUGCAUACGAUAUUUUAUUCCAUUUAACACACAACACUAUUGAGAUAUGCAAUCCUGUUCGACUCCUGAUCGCCAUGGCUACAGCGUACGCUUCUCACCAUUUCAGCCAAAUCAUUUACUACUGGCUACAAGUCAACUGUACGGUUUGGCCGGUGGUGGCACGUUAUUUCUGCUGGAACUACCUUCAGCAGGGGGCAAAAGCUUGACGGAACUCGGGCGCAUGGAGUGGACGGAUGGACUUUUCGAUGUGGCUUGGUGCCCAUAUGCAGACAAUAUAGCGGCAACAGCUUCUGGCGAUGGCUCUCUGCAAAUCUGGGGUGGCCUUGAUGAUGACAUUGUGGCUACAGAAACUACAUUGAAGUCCCUCAACCAACCGCUGAUUUGCUUGCAAGAGCACAAAAAUGAAGUGUACAGCAUCAACUGGGGUGAACAGUGGAACUGCCAUCAACUCUUAUCGGCCAGUUGGGAUGGUACCAUCAAAUUAUGGGAUUGCCAUCGUCAGAAUUCGAUCGCCACCUACACGGGACACAGUGACCUCAUCUAUUGCGCAAAGUUCUCCCCCUUAAUUGCCAAUCUUUUCGCUAGCGUAAGUACAGAUGGUAACUUAAACUUAUGGAAUUCUGCUCUUGAAUUUUCAGGUAAACCUUUGAUGAGUAUCGAGUCAGCGCACAACGGUGAAGUACUCGCCUGUGACUGGAGUCAAUUCGAUCGGAACAUUUUGAUGACUGGUGGUUCGGAUGGUUUGGUGCGAGCUUGGGACCUGCGCAAUAUGCGACAUCAUAUCUUUCAAUUGUACUCCGGGGAGUUCGCGGUACGACGAGUGGCCUGUUCCCCGACCGCGGCAACGGUGGUAGCAACGGCAAAUUACGAUUUCACAACGAGGAUUUGGGAUUUCAAUCAGUCUUUGGACUCAAUGGAGGUCAAUGUAAAUCACACGGAAUUCGUUUGUGGUUUGGAUUGGAAUGCUAGCGUACCACAUCAACUCGCGGACUGUGGCUGGGAUUCCGUCAUCAAUGUGUAUACACCAAAAACCUUAAAGGAUAUGUUGGACUAGUGAAUAGGAGAAUGUUGGGCACGAUAUUGCAUCCUUAAUCCAAAGAAGAAGAUGACAGUAAUGUCGAAUUAACGUAGUACGCUUUGUAAAUGCGCUGUGACCUAAUUAUUAGCUAUAAUGAAUAGGAUAGGAGUUAAGAAGCUAAACAGGUUAGAGGAAGCUGAACCAAAUUCAUGAUCUACUAACAUAUAAAAUAGAUCUAAAAUUGUAUAAAAGAGGUCCACGAGGAAUAAGUAGCUGAGCUAUCCUAAAUUUUCGCCAACUAAGUGUCUUGAAUGUGAUAAUAGAAAUUUACAAUAGGUACCAUGGAAAAUUAAAAAAAAAAAAAUUAUUUAGUUUUAUUGUGUAAAUUUUAAACAAAAUAUAGUAUAAAGGAUAUUUUCUUGGGUCUGGUACUUUAGAUGCUGGUUUUUGAAUUUCAUAUUUGAGAAUACCAAAACAAAAAGUUGUUUUCGAUUCACCCAAUUUUAGCACACACAUGGGUCUAAAAAAAUAAACAUAGGAGAGUAAUCGAUUGAUAAGUGAAUAAAGCUCUAAUACAAGCAGAGAAGUGGUGAAUCGAAAUUAAGUUUGAACAGAACCGGCAUUUUAAGUACAGGAUCUCAUGUGUCAUCUCAUAUUUUCACAUUUUCUUUAUUUCAUACAGUAUAGUGGUGUCAUACAUAUGUAUGUACGAGUAUGAUUUUGUAAAUUUUGAUAUAUAUGAACAUAUAUGCACAUAAAAUGUUACUGAAUAUAUAAAAUAUCA